AUGGCUGCCAUAGGCUGGGAUUCAGGAAAUAUUUACACGACCAAUAUUACUGAAGGUCAAACUUCCGAGAACUCGCGUGUCGAAAUCGAAAAACAACUUCUUGCUUUCAUUAGAGAUUUUUAUACUGGAAAUGAACACAUAUAUAGCAAGCAGCUAUUUGAAAAUUAUUCGACGAAAAGAUAUUUCCUCGAGGUUUCGAUGGAUCAUUUUCGAGCACACAAUGAAUCUCUUGCUGUAAAACUACAAAAUUCACCGAUGGAAAUUUUACCUUUGUUUGAAUUGGCUGCAAAGAAUCAUCUCCAAACAUUGACAAAUUCAACCAAUGUACCUGAUAUACAAAUCAUUUUGAAAUCGUCCACUGAAAUGAUCAAAAUUCGUGAUUUGGAUGCAAAACACAUUUCAAAGCUAGUUCGUAUACCGGGUAUCAUUAUAGGUGCAUCGACAUUAUCGGCAAAGGCAAUUAGUGUGCAGAUAAUGUGUAAAACUUGUCAUCAUACCAAGACAGUAUUAGUGAAAGGUGGAUUUUCCGGCAUUCAACUUCCAAGAGUCUGUGAUAGUGAACCUACCGAUACAGGGCCAAAACAAUGUGUAAUGGAUCCAUACGUUGUAGUUCACGACAAAUCCACUUUUGUAGAUCAACAAACGCUCAAAAUCCAAGAAGCGCCCGAUAUGGUUCCAAUUGGUGAUAUACCUCGUCAUAUGCAGCUUUGUGCAGAUAGAUAUCUAACUGGCAAAGUAUCUCCGGGAUAUCGUGUUAUCGUGAUGGGAGUCUACGAUGUAUACCAAAAAAAAUCUGGAAAAGGAGCAGGUGUUGCAAUUCGUAAUGCUUAUAUUAACGUGGUUGGACUGGAACAUGACACGGAUCAAUCUGAACGGGGAAAACGAAGUUGGACUCCGGAGGAAGAGGAAGAAAUGAUUACAUUGUCAAAAAAUCCAGAUCUAUAUAAUUUCUUUUCAAACAAUAUAGCACCGUCUAUUUAUGGUAAUCAAGAUAUCAAGAAAGCAAUCGCUUGUUUGCUUUUUGGUGGAAGUAAAAAGAUACUUCCUGAUGGUAUGAAAUUAAGAGGUGACAUUAAUGUGUUGUUACUUGGAGAUCCCGGAACUGCCAAAAGUCAACUUUUGAAAUUUGUAGAAAAGGUCGCACCAGUAGCAAUAUAUACUUCAGGAAAAGGUAGUAGUGCUGCUGGGCUAACAGCUUCAGUUAUUCGUGAUCCACAAACACGUGAGUUUUACUUAGAAGGUGGCGCAAUGGUGUUGGCAGAUGGUGGAGUUGUAUGUAUCGAUGAAUUCGACAAGAUGCGUGAUGAGGAUCGUGUAGCAAUUCAUGAAGCAAUGGAGCAACAAACAAUCUCCAUCGCUAAAGCGGGUAUUACAACUAUUCUGAAUUCACGAACUUCGGUGCUGGCAGCCGCAAAUCCUAUCUUUGGUCGUUAUGAUGAUAUGAAAACGCCUGGCGAAAAUAUUGAUUUUCAGGCUACAAUAUUGUCAAGAUUUGAUAUGAUCUUCUUGGUAAAAGAUGUACAUAACGAUCAGAAGGACAGGGAUAUUGCAAGGCAUGUAAUGAUGGUACAUAUUAAUCGAGCCAACCCACCAUCCGUCGAGGGUGAUAUAGAUAUAGCAAAGAUGAGAAAAUAUAUUAAUUAUUGUAAAGCAAAAUGUGCACCUCGUCUGACUGAAGAAGCAGCAAAUAAACUUUGUGCACAUUAUGUAGGGAUUAGAGGCGAAGUUAGUAAAGUGGAACGGGAUAGCAAUACUCGAUCAUCGAUUCCCAUCACUAUCAGACAAUUAGAGGCGAUUAUUCGAAUUGCCGAAGCAUUAGCCAAAAUGACUUUAUCAACCGAGGCUAAUGAAAAUCACGUGAAUGAAGCAAUUCGACUUUUCAAAAAAUCAACAAUGACGGCGUUACAGACUGGUGAAGUCGAAGGAUUAUCACACCCGGAGCUGAUGUCAAAAGUACAAAAGGUAGAAAAAUUGAUUAAAGAUCGUCUUCCAUUGGGAUCACAAAUAUCUUCAAGAAAAUUAAUUGACGAGAUUAUUAAAACUAAAGAGAACGAUUUCACCGAAAUCAUCGUACAAAGAGCUAUUGAUAUAUUAGUGCGAAGAGAAACAUUAUCUUACUCACAACAAAGAAAAAAAUUGUUUAGAGUUGGUGUCUGA